AUGCCACGUCCUCCUCCUUCACCAGCCGCCACUGCCAUUGGUAAAGAUGCACGGCACGGCCAUCUCCUCCUCCUCCCUCCAGCGUUGACGCUGCCAAGGAGCAUCGUCGCCUCCAGUAGUUGUUUCUGCUGCCUCCGGCGGCCACCGCCACUGCCGCCUCUAACGGCCAUCACAGCUGUCUCUGGCGGCCACUGCUGUAGCUGCCUCCGGCGGCCUCCAGUGACUACCACAGCCGCCUCCAGUGCCCUCCCUCGCUGCCUUCAGCGCCCGCCAUCGCUGCCUCGUCCACAGUUGUUUCCCUCCGGGCAAUCGCCGCCUGAGUGUUUAGGUUUCCCGGCGUCGUCGACUGAGACUCGUCACCGCCGCGAGGGAGGCACGCCACAUCCUCCUCCUUCACCAGCUGCCACUGACAUUGGUAAGGAUGAACGGCACGACCAUCUCCUCCCCCUCCCUCCGGCGCUUACGCCGCCGAGGAGCAUCGUCGUUGCCUCCAGCAGUUGUUGCUGCUGCCUCAUGUGGCCACCACUGCAGCCGCCUCAGCAGUCACCGCCGUUGCUGCCUCUAGCGGCCACCACAGUUGUCUCCGGCGACCACUGCCGCAGCCGCCUCCGGCGGUCACCGCCGUCGUCGCUUCCGAUGACUACCACAACCGCCUCUAGUGGUCGCCCUUGCCGCUUUCAGCGACCGUCAUUGUCGCCUCGUCCACAGUCAUCGCCCUCUGGGGCAGUCGCCACCUAA